UCUUCCCCUUUCUCUACUUCAUUUCUAAUUAGCUUUCUAUAUAUUUUCUUCUCUACUUUUUAUAAAUUUUCCGCUUGUCUGCUAUCUCUUACAUUAAAUCUAAACCUAAAUCAUUAGAAUCCCUAACUAAGCUUUAAUAAUCCCUAAUCCUCCGUUUAAAUAUUUUUUUUUUCUCUUUGCUAUUUUAGCAUGUCUGCAGGUCUCAAUAUGGGGACAACCUCUCGCUACGUCCAUAACGUCGACGGCGGAGGUGCUGGCCAGUUCUCCACCGACAACCACCACGAAGAUGACGGUGGUGCUGGAGGAAACCACCACCAUAACCUUCAGAACCAUCACCAAGGUUUAGAUUUAAUAGCUUCUAAUGACAACUCGGGUCUGGGCGGCGCCGGAGGUGGUGGUGAAGGAAGCGGCGACCUCGUUAUGCGGCGGCCACGUGGCCGUCCAGCUGGAUCGAAGAACAAACCAAAACCUCCGGUGAUAGUCACGCGCGAGAGCGCAAACACUCUUAGGGCUCACAUUCUCGAAAUCGGAAGUGGCUGCGACGUCUUCGAGUGCAUCUCCACUUACGCGCGGCGGAGACAGCGCGGGAUUUGCGUUUUGUCCGGAACUGGAACCGUCACUAACGUCAGCAUCCGUCAGCCGACGGCGGCUGGAUCUGUUGUGACUUUGCGAGGCACUUUCGAGAUUCUUUCCCUCUCUGGAUCUUUUCUUCCGCCGCCUGCUCCUCCAGGAGCGACGAGUUUGACUAUAUUCCUCGCCGGAGCUCAGGGACAGGUCGUCGGAGGUAACGUUGUUGGAGAAUUGGUGGCCGCGGGGCCGGUCAUGGUCAUGGCGGCGUCUUUUACGAACGUGGCUUACGAAAGGUUACCUUUGGACGAGCAUGAGGAGCACUUACAGGUCCAAAGCGGCGGUGGCGGAGGAGGGAAUAUGUACUCGGAAGCCAACGGAGGUGGCGGAGGCUUGCCGUUCUUCAAUUUGCCGAUGAGUUUGCCUCAUAUGGGAGUUGAAAACUGGCAGGGGAAUUCCGCCGGCGCUGGUAGGGCUCCGUUUUAGCUACUUUAUAAAAAAAAAACUGCAAUUUGUUAUUCCUCUUUUUAUUUUCACAGAAUUUAUGAAAUUGUGACUUUUAUCUUUUAAAGUUUCGAAAAGAAAUAUUCCACUUAUUAGUGACUAGA